AUGCGCCGUGACCAGUGCCCGUUUCUCAAAGCAAGGGAUAGACGGCAUCAACUAGGGUGUACUCUACACAAUGUGCACGGUAAGGAGUUAUUUGAUGUAGAUUGUCUAGAAGCAGCCCCCAGGAAUGUGGCGGUGCUCGGUUUUUCUCGAAGAUGCAAUGUUCUAGAGCCAGCGAUGCCAUUUGGUCGCCCCAUGAGGGUUACAUGCAGUAAGAACGUGGAUAUCAUCCCAUUGCAAACCGGAUUUGUCAAGCGUUUUGCCUCUGGGAUGGCGUCAUGGGUGAUUAGUGAAGGUGGAUGGACCAAACAAUGCUCACGGUUUUGGAUGCGGUCGCUCCUCGGACUACCGCUUUGGGCACCCCGACAAGCGCUUGAGCCGCUGAUUGGCGCGACACCCCAAUGA